UUUGGUUCCACAACACGCAUGAAAGCUAACGCAGCCGCGAGCUGGCCGCCAAACUCCGGGACAUGAGCGCCGGGAACUGCGAUGGAAACGUGGCUUUGCCUUUGCGGAACGUGCUGAACUCCCUGCAGUGUAUCCGGGACCGAGUGAGAGAUGGAGAAUCCAACGAGUCUCAUGGGGCAUUCAACCUCUCUAACUUCUGGGACACUUUGAACCAGGCCGUGAAGGCGGUGUCCCAGGAAGCUACUAAACUCAGUCUGGCCUUCUCCAGCCAGCCACUGCCGUCACAGCAGGAUGCCGAGACGUUGUCUGAAUCCAUGCUGAAGAGCAUCCUCACUCUGUCCACCGUCUAUUACUGGCUGCCCAAGAGCCAAGGGGUGACGCUGCGGCGACAGGUCAGAGACGGCACGGUGGACGUGUUGGAGGGCGUCGCUCAGCUGGUGGAGGUCAUAGUGACCUCACCGCUGGAAAGUCUCAGCCAGGAUCAGCUCACAUCAACGGGAGCCGUCUGGUCCGCCUGCGACCAGUUUGCCCAAAUUCCACGAGAUAAUAAGGCGGCUCUGCUGGUGGUUCUGUCCUCUCAGGUGGGAGUGGUGAAGGAUGCUCUGGAGGAAAUGGAACAGGCGCUGUCCGAGCCUCAAGACCCGUUCAACGACGUCCUGGAUGACGAGCAGGAGGGCGACAGCCCGCGGAGCAACCUGGACACGUACUGGUCGGAGAACGACCGCAGCGUCAUCGCUCCCUGCCAGGGUCUGAUGAAAGCAGCCGCCGCGUGUUUGAGGAAGCUGACGUCAGCCGUGAAGGCCAACGGAGACUCCAGCGUCGCUCAGAACGUCGCUCAGCUCGACGACCUGGCCGACAUCAGCAAAGAAAUCAGCCCCAGCGUGGAUGAUCUGGCGCUCUGUCUUUACCCCCCCAUGGACUACAGUGGAGUAGAAAACAAUACGUCCAAACUGGCAGCAGUUUUAAAGAAAGUUCUGCAAAUCAUCAGGUCGGGUCACGUGUGCGGGGAGUCGGAGCUGACCUGGGUUCAGUUCCUAGACGGAGCCGUCGACCACAACCUGCAAAAAGCCAAAGACCUCAUGGAUCAGGACAGCUAGUGUUUCCACUGCGUGUGUGCGUGUG